AGUUCUCGAGCUUUUCCUCACCACAUCCACCAUGAACGCCUUGUACGUCGUCUCCCUGGCCGCCUUCGCCGCCCUCGCCGCCGCCGCCCCCUCCGGCAUCCACGGUGGAAUCGACGGAGCCGCCGUCGUGACCGGCCCCUCAGGCGUCGUCACUAACCACGGCGCCAUCGGCCCCGUCGGCGUCGGCCACGGUCUAGGCUUGGGCUUGGGAUUGGGUCUUGGACAUGGAGCCGUCGUCGCCGCCCCCGCCGUAGUAGCCGCUCCCGCCGUAGGACUUGGACUCGGAUUGGGACACGGACUUGGUUUGGGACACGGACUUGGAUUGGGAGUAGGACUGGGACAUGGAGCCGGUGUUGUCACCAAUGGAGGAGGCACCAUUGGAGUUAGCGCUCAUGGGGCUGCCGUCCGUGGACCCCCAACGGCCCCCGUCGUCGUCUCCGGACCCGCUGGAAAAGUUGUCGCUGAUGGGCUCUGGGGACCCACCGCCAAUGUGGGACUCACCGGGGGACAUGGCGGUUGGGCCGGUCAUGGGGCCUGGGGUCAUGGUUGGUAAAUUUAAUGGGUCUGGAUGGAUCUAGGGCGGCGCUGUUUGAAGUGUCGUUUCCAUGUACAACAACUGCCUCCUCUGCGUUGAGAAUCUGUAUAUUUUUCUAGAUUAUUUAUUUAGAGGUUUAACGUCAAUAAAUGACACGUGAUUUUUA